AUGAUCUUCUUUUUCAAGCAGAUACGAGAUAUAUUUGCCAAAUCCCACAGCACAUUACAACAGAUCCAGCUUUCACGCAGGGCCUUCUUUCAACUUCUAGGAUAUCUCGCAAGUUGCGCCCUGCUCUCGCUUCUUUCACAAUCCAAGCACCUGCCCUGA